UUAAUAAAAUUAGGUUGACCGGCGGGGAACCAACCGUAAGAAAGGAUUUGGUUGAUUUAGUUGGUGAAUUGGGAAAGUUAAAGCAGUAUGGUUUGAAGACGUUAGCCAUGACUUCUAACGGCAUAGCAUUAAAGCGAAAGCUGCCUGAACUGGUCAAAAAUGGGAUGAAUUUAUUGAAUAUUAGUGUAGAUACACUAGAUCCAUUGAAGUUUGAACUGAUUACUCGUCGAAAAGGACUUGAGCGUGUAAUGGAGUCAAUUGAUCAAGCUAUUGCACUUGGCCUUCGUCCACUUAAAAUUAAUUGUGUGGUUGUACGAGGGGUAAAUGAUCAGGAAGUAAUUGAUUUUAUUGAGAUGACUCGUACGAAGCCUGUAGAUGUAAGGUUCAUUGAGUAUAUGCCAUUUGAUGGUAACAAAUGGAAUAAGCAUAAACUUGUUCCAUAUAGUGAAAUUUUGGAUAAUAUUCAAAACAAAUACGAUGUUAUGAAACUGCCCGAUGACGCGCAUGAUACCUCAAAGGCAUAUCAAGUACCAGGGCAUGUUGGUCAAUUCGGGUUCAUUACGUCAAUGACGGACCAUUUCUGCGGUACUUGUAACAGAUUAAGAAUUACUGCUGAUGGCAACUUGAAGGUGUGUCUAUUUGGAAAUGCUGAAGUAAGUUUGCGUGACUUAUUACGAGAGAAUGUACCGGAUCAACAACUACUAGAAAUUAUCGGUGUAGCUGUAAAAAAUAAAAAGAAACAGCACGCAGACCGUAUCGAACAGUUGGUUUCUGCAAAGAUAUAUUGGUAUAAAAGGAAGCAUUCCAUAAAUUCGUUCAUUCAACCCACAACAUACAACCCACAUUGUCUUUCCAAAAUCGACAAAACUUUUAUUCCCUUCAAUUAUGGGAUCCCUUCAUAUUUCUUUCAAUCCCGUGCUUUCUCGUCAAAAAACAAAAAAUCCGAAUGUUCACACAUGUCACAAAAUACAACAAUUUCCGACACCCCUACGCUCUCUCAUGUCGAUCCUUCAAGUGGACGUGCUUCGAUGGUAAACGUAUCUAUUAAGACCCCAACCAUCCGUACCGCGACAGCGAGUGGAAAAAUACGUAUUGGUCGCGAAGCAUUUGAUUUGAUACAAGCAAAUCUUAUGAAAAAAGGCGACGUAUUUACAGUUUCACAGAUAGCAGGAAUUAAUGCCGCAAAACAAACAGGAUAUCUGAUCCCUUUAUGUCAUAGCUUAUUGCUUUCACAUGUAUCAGUUGAUUUGAAGUUAGAACAAGAUCAUUCAAUUGAAAUUAUGGCAAAAGUAGAAUGUGAGGGUAGGACUGGAGUAGAAAUGGAAGCAUUAACUGCAGUUAGUAUUGCAGCAUUAACAGUGUUUGAUAUGUGUAAAUCUGUAAGUAAAGAUAUGGUAAUUGAGAAUAUAAAACUUUUAGAAAAAACGGGAGGAAAAAGUGGAACUUGGAAAUCCAAAUAA